GUAAAACCAGGAAGAGAAGGAAAAAGUCCUGGACUCGGACAAUUUUCCCCUUCUCUGUAUCUAUUAUAUUGGUAGUUGGAUUUUCUAUCGCUCCUGCACUGCGGGGCCUUUCUGGUUGUAUUGGGAAACUUCUGAAAGUUGCGGCAGUGUAAUUUUUGAUAAUACAGUAGCUCUUACUAAUAUUCUUUUAAUCCCUGGUCUUCGUCUAUAUUGCGGAAAUGGAUUUCCAAAGCGGUGUAGAUGCAGGCAAAGAGCUGUCCAAAACCCCUUGCUGGAAAAGCGCGUUUGGAUGAGAGUCGCCGUUGCGGUGCACGCACGGCAAGCGACUCCGACGAGACGAGAUGGAGUGCAGACGGCAGGCAGCCCGCCUGGGCUCGAUAGGAAGACGACGUACGUACUGUUACUUGAAGUAGAAAAGUGGAUGUUUCCUUCUCCCUUUCCCCUUGCCGGGCGAGCGUGCUGUGUUUCCCCCUUCGGAAACUACUCCGACUUCAUCUACCGGUAUCCUUUUUCAAUUCACCAGCACGUACUGGAAGGCAGCGCAGCUCGUCCGUCGGCUUUCCCCCCCGCGCGCACGGCCGCGUCUCAACACUUUUGGAUCGUCGACCCUUUUUUAUUUUAUUUUUUCCUCUUCGUCCGCCUGGCUCGCCUCAAGUUCGACCAGGGCAGGAGGCCUCACGGACCUAGACUAGGGCAGACAAGGCAAGCAAGCAGACGUACAGGCGCAACGAGUAGCCGCCGCCAUAUGCCCUUCGAGUGGACGUACGUAGUACUGUUCAACUUCUCCGUAUUUGCAUGCGCGCUUGCUGCAGGUCGAGCAGGGCGAGAUUGGAGGCAAGCACGAUAUAGAUAGCUAGUGGUAGCAGGGUAGCUACCUACUACGUACGUACGUACUUAGUGUACAGACGGUGUCCAUACGCCGGCCUGGCUAGCUGUCCUUUCCCACUCCUUCGCAUUAGCUCUUUGUUUCUCCCCUGACACCCAUCACUUCCGUUUCGGGCCGUCAAACCUUUUCUCCCUUUCAUUUUUUAUUUUUCUCGCCUUUAAGCGGUCCCCCAUUCGCUUGGUGAACUGGAGGGCAAGGCAAGGAAGGGGGCGGAUUCUGGACGACUUCUCAACGA